AUGUCAGGAAAGUACAUUGUCGUCUUUAAGGAAGGCACUGCCCAGAACGUUAUCGACCAGGCUGCCAAGGACGUUGAGGCCCAAGGAGGCAAGAUUGGGCACAGAUACGAUACGACCAUGAAGGGUUUCUCUGCGACGGUCCCGGACAACGUUAUCACAACCUUCAAAGCCCACGAGAAGGUAGACUACAUCGAGGCGGACGGCGAAGUCUCCGCUUACGCAAAGAGCAUCGGUAUUGGGAAGUAG